CCCCCUGGUCAUUCAGAUCGCUCCUUACGUUUGAACAACCUCGCAAAUUGCUUGCUUCCUCGUUUCUUGCAGACAGGGCAGCACCAGGACCUGGAGGAAGCGAUAGAAUUGCAUCGCGAAGAGCUGUCUCUCCGACCCCUUGGUCAUUAUGAUCGCCCUAACUCUCUCAACAACCUCGUAUAUGGCUUAAUUUCUCGUUUCGAGCAGACAGGGCAGCUGCACGACCUAGAGGAAGGGAUAGAAUUGCAUCGUGAAGCGCUGUCUCUCCGGGCCCCUGGCCAUCCAAAU